AUGAAGGCGGCGCCUACCCCAGCACAUCUCGCAUGUACUGCCCCUGUCGUCUCCUUCGAUUGUGCUUCUACUACGACCCUCCCCGCGUGCCCUACCCCAGCGGUUAACCCCAUCGCGUAUUCCUAUCCGCUCGCCUUCCGCGUCGAAGAUCAAGAAGCCUCGAGGGCCACUCAGAAGAAGACUUUUACUGAGAACGAAGUGUUCUUUUACCUAGCCAUCAAAAGUGGUGGGGCUAAGUUCGACCACGAAGCAAUCGGCAGCGCACUGGGCAAGUCCAAAGACGCCACUCGCAUGAAGAUGAGUCGUCUAUUGAAGGACAUCGAAGAGUUCCUAAAGGGCCGGGAGGACUUGGUUAAAAAUGCUCAACCAGAGCACGAGAAGACCUCUGCCAACCAAGGGGAUCCCGAGAACGCCAACCAGGACGAGAGCAAUGGCAGUGAGGUUGAUGAUACCCCUGUCAAGGCGAGCGACAUGGAAGACUCCUUCUAUCUUCUCUACAUAUUACUAUAA